AUGAACUAACAAGAUAUUAUAUUUUACGAAGGAGCAGUUUAGCCAAAGCCAAAGAUUUAUUGCGUUUUGCAUCCAAAUAGCGAAAUCACGCAUGGAUGUACAGUUUAGGAUUGCCAACAUCCUUUCUACUGUGGUUCUUGUUCUGCUCACUAACAUGAUUAGCAUGAUUUUUAUGCGUCUUUAAAAAAUAUAGAUUAGUUUAUUUUUGACAUUUCCUAGAAAGUUAAAGUAACAUAAUAGCCUUUCAAGUCAGUUUACAACCAAAUUUUGGGUAACACAGAUAACUUAAAUUUAAUCAAGUGGUAGGCUGAUAUUGAGCCUCAUAUCAAAAGCAUUGAAAAUUAUGUGCAUGCCCAGAAAUAGCUUAUUUCUUAAGAUAUUGUACAUAUUAGCAAUAAGGUUUAUGAAAUUAUGGAUACUUAGCGUUAGCAGGUUUUUAAAAAGCUAGAUGACUUUUUAGUUAGUUACAGAAUGCAAUUUACUGAUUUCAAGCAAUAUCAUGACCAUCUCUUCUAAAUUUUAAAGCAGAAAUAUAAGUAUUUAGGAGAUUGUAAUGCACUUAGUGCAAAAAUGAAUUCGUUAGAUGCAAAGUUGUUAGAGGAAUUUAUUUUAGAUUUGAGAGAAUCCAUUUAGCAGAGUGAGAAUAUUAUUAAAAAUUCUGGAUUUAACAUUAUAGAAAUCGAAAAAAUAUUCAAAGAUGUCAACUAAUUAACAAAUAGGCUGCCAAAUUAUAAAUAGCUUUCUGAUUUUGAAGUAGCUCCUUCAAUUUAAGGAUAGACAUCUAUCAAAAUUCUUGAUCAACUAAAGGUUUAGUUAGAAGGCCACUUCAAAGAAGCAUGUGUUAACUUCUUCUAGCCAAUCUACAAGAUUUCAAUUCCCCAAAAUUAAAUGCCGCCCAAAAAAUAUAACUUUAUGAACUUCGGCAAAUCUUCUUAGGGAAACGGAUAUCUUGAAAAUAUGCAAGGAAGCAAUGCCAAUACAACAAGAAUAAUGCCACCUCCUCUUGCUCAUUUAAAUUCUUAGCAUCAUUAACACUCUCAUAGUGCAUAAAAUGGCAGCUCUACUACAGCUAACAUUACCACAAUUCAAAAUUAUUAAAGCUAGAAUGGAGCAAAUAGUCCAAAUUUCUUUGGUUAAAAUUUUGACAAUUUGGCAAUUAGCUAAAACAGAACAAAACCUAAAAUUUUUUAAACCAAAUAAAAUAGUAGAGGGGGAGGAGUUAAUUCACCAGCAAACAACAUAGUAACUUUAAAUCUUAUGCAGAAUAGCAAUACCAAUAAUACUGCUUCCUCUUUUGCUUAAAAUUUACCAGUAAAUAUUCCUUAAUAGGUUCCUCUUUAAAGGUAAAACACGUAUGGUAACUAAGGAUUGUAGCACACAGCAAGUGCAACAAAUCUAACUUAAAACUCAUAAGCUUUUAAUACAGGUGCAAUAUUAAAUAGCAAUUAUUUAAAGCUGAAAAAAGACUUCUAAAUUAAAUUAAAUAAUAUACCUAAAUUCAUUUGCUAUCUUGCUAAUGGCUUUAUUGCUAUGGCUAGUUUAGACUCACCAAUCAGAAUCUUAGAUACAAAUAACAAUACAAUAAUUACAGGAAGUCAAAUUAUUAGAAGAGAAAUAAAAUUUUUAGCAAGUUUGCAAUCUUCUAAUGAAGGACUGUACCAAACUGAAUAUCCAACAGCUUUAAAUUUUGCAUUAAGUGAUAUUGAUUCUGUAAUCACCUUGUAUCAAUUUAGAAUUAAAACAAGAGAAAUUAUAUAAAAAAAUAACUCAAUAAUUGGAUUUUCUGCUCCUGUUUCUAGAAUAGUAGAUCUCUACCCUAUAACUAACACACCUUUACUUGCAGCAGGAGAUGAGAAUGGCGAAGUUUCAAUAUUUGAUUAUGAAAAAACAAUUGGUUAUGGUCUAGAAAAAUGCCAUGUGUCAGCUAUAAGUUAACUAAUGGUGAUGACAAGCUCUUCUAACGCUGCUAACAAAUAUACAUCUUACUCAUCUUAAUCUAAUUAGCCUAAUAAAUUUAUGUCAUUCAGCAGUGAAGACUAAGUUUUAGUAAUUUACGUAUAUGUAAAUGAAAAAUUUGAAAAAUAAUCUAUUUUUAAUGUUUCUAACUUUGGAGGAGGAGUUCUUUAUCUAAGAAAUCACCCUGAACUAGAACAAUUCGUAGCCGUCUGCAAAAAUGGAACACUCAAACAGCUUAAACUAGAAAAUAAAAAUAUUAUAGAACAAAACAUAGAUAACAGAGCAAGAGAUAUUGCUGUAUUUUCAGUGAAGGAAAGUUUGUUUGGAAAUAAAGAUUACUACUCAAUACAAAAUAGAGAUUUAACAGGAUUAAUAUUUACAAGUGAGCAAGAAAACGAUAAGCUCUCUAUUUUAAAAGCAACGAACUCCAGUCCAAUAAUCGAAAAAGAACAGACUCUCUUUACUGUGUUUUCUCCCCGUAAAAUUUUAUACGUUGACAACAAGAAUAAGUUAUUUAUUGUUAUAAACGAUGCUAACAACUAUAUUUAAGUUUACGAAAUAUAAAUUUGA